AUGAUUGACGACAUGAUGAGAGAAGACAAUAGAAAUUCCAAGAAACAUCAGAAAACGACGCAACAGAUGGCUCCACCAGCAAUUCCACCAGUGGAGAAUCCACAAGCAAACCCGGAACCACAGGUUCACAGUCCAAUGACAGAAUCAGAAAGACGAUUCUUCGACAUCUUCCUGAAGGUUUACAUAUCUGGAAUCGUCAUCGUCAUCGUCGUCGUCGCUUGUAUUAUACUCUUCGGAACGCCAGCUCAUGAUGACUACUAA